UUUCUUUUUCUUUGAACUUAGUCUCAAAUAAUAUAAUCAAAGUCCCAAAGAACUUGAACUCUGAUUAUUAUAUUCCGAAAAUGUAAACGGCUUCAGAUUACUUGUUUAUUUAAACUUUACAUUUAUAAAUAAGUAACUGCCUUCUUUCUUACAAGUUAUUCAAAGUAGGUCAAUUUCAAUGAUAAAUUCUUCAUACAGUACAAACGUGUUAAUUACAGCAAACCCGCUACAUUUAAAUCGAUUGAGUAGCAAUAAUGAGUGAAGGAAAUUUAUCACAAACCAUCAAUCUUGAGAAUUGGAUGAAGGAACUGCCUGAACAAAUAAAAAAUGUUCCAUUUAUCUAUCUUGCUAUACCAGGUAGCCACGACUCUAUGACUUAUGGAAUAACUAGAUCUAGUGGUUUGGCACCUGAUGCUGAGCCAGUUCUCAAAAGACUGUAUCCAUUGUUCAAAGGUACGAUAUUACGAUGGACAAUAACUCAGAGUAUAGACGCCUACCAACAACUUCUCAUAGGCAUUAGAUAUUUUGACUUAAGACUUGCUACAAAAACUGGAGAGGAAAGAUUUUACUUCACACAUGGAGUGUAUGCAGGAGAGAUAACAGAACCACUUCAUCAGAUUAAGGAGUUUGCAAACACACAUCCAGGAGAGGUCAUAAUUUUAGAUUUACAACACUUCUAUGGGUUUACUGCUGAUGAUCACCAAAAAUUAAUGAGAUAUUUGCUCAAUCUAUUUGGACCUAAACUUGUUCCAAGGGAACCAGACUUGCAGAGUAUUACAUUGAACUCACUACAGAGAUUUGGCCAACAGAUAGUGGUUGUGUACCGCCACCAGUCUGUAUAUGCAAGUUCGGAGUUCUGGCAACCCCAAAUGCUACCAUCUCCAUGGCCACAGCAGGACAGUAUUACUGGUUUACUAGAUUUCUUGUACAAUGUGAAGCGACACCCUGGUAUGGGAUUUGUGCACCAAGCUGUUUUGACGCCUACACCUGCUUUCAUUUUGUUUAGAUGGAUUUCAACGCUACGUGAGAAAUGUGCGAAACCCGUUAAAAAUGAAGUAUUUCCCAAACUUGCGGAGUUUUCACCGGGACCACCCAUUCAUUCUCAGGGACAAUCUCCCGUCAAUGUUGUUAUUGCGGACUUUGUAGAUUUGGAUAAUGCUAUCUUUUCUAAAACUAUUAUACAACUCAAUUUUAAGCUUCUCAAAAACACUGAUUUCGUGUACCACAACAAUGGGUAAGGUAUUGAUGAGAGUUUAUUAUGAAAAAGUAUUUUUAUAGUAUAGAUUAUGCUUAUACCUAGAUUUAUCAACCAACAAACCAAGUACCUGCUAUUUUAAGUUUUUUUUACGUAUUUUUUUUAUUUUGCAAUCAAAUAUGUGAUAUUUUAUGAUAUUAUGGUGUACUAUUACAUAAUCAUUCUCAAUAAGUACCUUAUCGUUUAUAUGAAGUGCCUUAAAUAAAACAAAUUUUAUAGAAAUAAA